AUGGCACCCGAACCAGCAGGUGGAUGGCCUAUAUUGGGCCACCACAAACUCUUAGCAGGCUCUCAUCUUCUCCACAAAACAUUAGGAGCCAUAGCUGACAGGUAUGGUCCAAUCUUCACCGUAAGGCUUGGGGUGAAUCCAACUUUGAUAGUUAGCAGUUGGGAAUUGGCCAAGGAAUUGUUCACCAUCAACGACCUGGCUGUGAGCUCUCGGCCACCUUUUACAGCUGCUAAAUAUUUGGGCUACAACUUCGUCAUGUUUGCUUUUUCUCCACAAGGUCCAUACUGGCGUGAAACACGCAAAAUAGCCACUUCAGAAUUACUAUCAAACCGCAGGCUUAAUCAACUGAAGGAUGUCAGGAUUCAUGAACAAUGGUUUUGGGGCGUAACUCUAAAUGCGAUUCUUAGGACGGUUGCAGGGAAGAGGUAUUAUGGCAGUGCUGUGGGUGAUGAUGAUAAAAUUAAAGCACAACAGUGGCAGAAGGCUGUGAGGAAAUUUUUCGAGUAUUUAGGGAUUUUUGUUGUGAGGGACGCUCUACCUUUUCUUGGGUGGCUUGAUAUUGGUGGGCAUGAGAAAGCCAUGAAGAGAACUGCUAAAGAAAUGGACAGCAUUCUAGGUGAAUGGUUGGAAGAGCAUAAGCGAAAAAGACUUUCAGGCGAGGCUGAUCAAGCAGAGCAAGAUUUCAUGGACGUUAUGCUUUCUGUCCUUCAAGGCACUGAUCUUGGAGGUUAUGAUGCCGAUACAGUAAACAAAGCCACAUCCUUAGUAAGUUUAAUUCCAUCGUCUGUUUUUGAGAUUACUGAUUGA